UGUAAAAUUUGAAACUUUUCAACAAGUAAAUUAUUAAAUUAUUUAUACUGAGUGUAAAUAAUUUAUUGUUGUUGUUUUUAAAAUGUUGGAACCAACUUUACAUGCAUUGUCAUCAAUGAGAGUCAUUUUGGCUAGUGGAUCUCCAAGGCGACGUGAAAUUAUUAAAAAUUUGGGAAUAAAUGUUGAAUGUAUAACAUCAAAGUACGACGAGAAUCUUGACAGAAGUAAAUACAACAACCACGGCGAUUACGUCCAAGAUCUAGCUUACUACAAAGUUCAAGACGUGUUUAACAAUUUAAAAACUGACAGCGCAAAACCGUCAUUAAUUCUUGGCGCUGACACAAUAGUGACACUUGGAGAUGAAAUUUUUGGAAAGCCCAAAGACGCUGCUGAUGCUGUUAGAAUUUUAUCCAGUUUAGCAAACAAGGAACAUGUUGUUUACACAGGCGUUUGUAUGAAGACAAUGGAAAAAGAAAUAAAAUUUUAUCAGAGCGCUAAAGUUACAGUUGGAGAUAUUUCUAAGGAACAGAUUGAGUCUUACGUUAAGACUGGAGAACCUAUGGACAAAGCAGGCGGCUACGGAAUCCAAGGAACCGGCGGCUGUCUUAUCGAAUCAAUAAACGGCGACUUCUACACAGUAAUGGGAAUGCCACUGUACACACUGGUCAAGAAUUUGAAUCAGCUGUACUCGUCAAAAUAAAUUUACACUUGAUAAUUAAAUAUAUUUUAUCUUGCUACCCCGGUAUCAAUUAAAGAGAAUGAUAAGAAUUAUGUAGCA